CACCGUCUCAAUAAAAAGGCGAGAUAAAUGAGAGAGAAAGUUAGGAUAGAGACUCCAUAAGAUAGAGAGUCAGUGAAUGAGAAAGAUUUGUGGGUGUGUUUAUAUAUACUGCAUUGGAUCCUUCGCCGAAGUGGGUCGUCAAAAGCCUCUCUCCCUUUCCUUUUCUCUCUGUCAAUCUCUUUCUCCAUCAGAAACAUCUUGAGAGCUAAAUUCCAAAGAAAAGCUGCGAGAGAAAUAAGAGAACAAACAAGGAAGAUGGUGAUGUGAUGAAUUAAACUCUUUGGCGUUUUCGUUCCUAUAUCGAUAUCAAGCUUCUUUCUUCUCUUUCCAGGCUUUUUUCGACUAGUACGAGUUCUUGUUUUUUCUUUUGUUUGCUUUCAUUAAUUAGCGCAUGAUCGUCUCUGAUCUUUAUUCUUUGUCCUUCUUGACCCUAGAUUAAAACCAUGGGCGAGUCCAAUUCUGAUAAGUUUCUCUCUGAGAAAGAUCCAAGUAGUACCAUGGAAUUCAAUUGCUCGGUUAGACCUCCUUUAGAAUCCCAAAAAGAUCAGUGCCAAACUGCACCUCUUCAAGAUGCUGAUGAUGAGCCUCAACAAAAAGAAGAGAGAGUACCAAAAGAACAAGACCAGCAACAACAAGAAGUAGAAGAUAAAUACAUGUUGGAGGUCUCCCCAGUGAAGUCAAAAUUACCGUCUUUAGGAGAAUUCAAUGUUCAUGAAGAUGGUGAGGUUCAUGAAAAGGGUGCGGUUCAUGAAAACGGUGAUGAAGAAAACAAUGAUGGGUUCAAGACUCCAACUUCUUUGGAUCACAAAAUUCCUAGCCUGCUCAAAUGCCCACCUGCACCAAGAAGGCCAGGAUAUCUCCAAGCACCAAAACGAAAAGAUAAUAUUCCCCAGACAAUCCUACUUGAUUUGACAAAAGAGAUUGAGGCUUUGUUUCCUCCAGCUUUUCUUGCAGAUCUAGGCAAGAAGAUUAAGAAAGCCAGACAAGGAAGUGACUUCGAAUGAUAUGAUCAUACAUCAUAUAUUUCUGUGAAGAACAAAGAUUAUGUUUUUUCUUCUUUUUUUUUUUAGUUCUCUUCCUUUUUGUGUGGACAUUUCCACAUGAAGAUGGCAUUCUAUCUUCGGUAACAGUGAUCGGUAUUCUAUCUUAGGUAACAGUGAUUGGUAUUCUAUCUUAGGUAACAGUGUUCUCUCAAUAUCAUCAAUGCCAUAUUCAGCUUCAUUUUAA